CCAUUUUUAGUUCAGUGCAGGAACAAACUGUCUAAAUGCAGAGUGAAUCAUAAUGAGCCCAUUUUUCGUGGUCCUACACCUCCAAAGCCCUUCACUACUCCUGAAUUAGCCAGUGUGUUUGAGUCAGAGCAUCCCUUCUUCGAAGUGGUCAUACAGCAAUGGCAUCAGAAUCAAUUGUACGUUCCCCGUCAAUUUGCCAAGCAACACAUUCAAGAAAACAGGGAAAUGGCGACUCUUAGGUUUUCAGACAGAUUGUGGCUGGUGAAGCUCAAAAGCUAUUCGCAUGGAAGCCUGAUGUUCUUCUCUGCUGGUUGGCCUGCAUUUGCAAGAGAAACUCAUCUGUGUGUGGGAAAUAUCUGUGUGUUUGAGCUCAUUGAUAGGGAUGAUGUUGUAUUCCAAGUCUCUAUUUUCAGUAGUGCCGGUGGGAUAGAGAAAUUGACAUGCAGACUGGGCUGUUCUGAGCUGGAUUUUCAUGGUCCUACACUAUCAAGGCCUCUCAGGUCUCCCGAAUUUGCUAGCAAUAUUGAUUCGGAGCAUCCCUUUUUCAAAAAGGUGACCCCGCAAAGUUAUUUCCAUGGCCUGAAUGUUCCAGUUGGAUUUUUCAAGCAACAUCUUCAGGAAAACAAACAAAUAGCGACUCUUCGGUAUUUGGACAGAUCGUGGCAAGUGAAGCUCAUUAGGAGCCUUGGACCGGCUCUGGUCUUCUCCGCUGGUUGGCGUGCGUUCGCAAGAGAAACUGAUCUGCGUGCAGGAAAUGUCUGCUUGUUUGAGCUCGUCGAUAGGGAUGAGACAGUGUUCAAAGUCUCCAUUCUGAAUGGCAUUGGUAAUGACCCAAUUCAUGGUAAUCGAGAUGAGCAUCGGAAGUAUUACCUGAGGCCGUUGCGGCAUCGAGAUGAAAUCAGGGAUUCCUAAUGAUGCCUCCUUAUAUUAAGUAGCGCAGCAGCGAAUCAAUCAAAAGCACUCUUUUCUGCUUUUUGUUCUCCUUUCUUCCUUUUUGUGCUAGUUUCAAUUCUAUGACCACCUUGCUUGGAAAGAACCUCCCAAAUCAGUGAAUCCUUAUGGUUUUGCACAGCGGCUCAACCUGACCAGUGGAUCUACAAGACAGUGAAGACAUAAUGCUCUGAUGUAUGUUCAUGGAGUAUUUCUCCUUUUAUAUGUUUUGUCCUUCAAAUAUUAUGGCCUGUUCUCGUUCUCUUCCUUCCCGGAGAGAAUACGAAGCUGUUGCCGAGCAGGAGACUCCUCCUAGUAGUAGCCCUCACUUCUUCAGGAUCAUAUUCUUCGGGAUUGUACUCUCUGACAAGCUAAUUUGCUAGGUUAGGAGUUUUGAUCAACACCCUUGAGAGGUUCCUGAAAGUCAUUGAUCUCAAUUAAGCAGCAAUCCAAAGCAUUUUCUUUUA